ACAUUGCUAUUCAUUUUGAUUUCAUGGCCAUACUCAAAGCCACUCAUAAUGGUUAACAACAGCCUCAGAAUUUUCGCUUCAGCUACAAUUCUCUCUCUCUCUCAAUCAAACGAAAGGCUAAUAAAAUAUUGGAUACCCGUUUGAGCAUUAAAGGCUAAAAUCAUGGCUUUUCUUCUAUCCAACCUGAAACCCUCACUGCUACCCCAAACCAAAUCAAAACCCAUUCCUCAAACGCCUUCACCAUCAUCAGCAAAACCCACUUCUCAAAGUCCUUCAUUGUUCUUCUUCACUUCAUCUGCUCCACUUUCCGCACUCCAAAGUUCCACUGCACAGGUUGCUCAGGGGCACACACCAACAACAGGUGCCAGAGACGAGCUUCAGCAGCAGAAGGAUGAGUUUUACCUCAAUCUUGGCCUUGCUGUCAGGACCCUCCGUGAGGACAUGCCCUUCAUCUUCGUCAAAGACCUCAAUUAUGACAUUUACAGGGAUGAUAUAACAUUCAAAGACCCUUUGAAUACAUUUACUGGUAUUGAGAAGUACAAAUUGAUCUUCUGGGCAUUGAGGUUUCAUGGUAAAAUUUUGUUCCGUGAGAUUGCUCUAGAUGUGUAUAGGAUAUGGCAGCCUUCGGAGAACGUGAUAUUGAUCAGGUGGAACCUGAGGGGUGUGCCCCGGGUUCCAUGGGAGGCUAAGGGUGAAUUUCAGGGUACAUCUCGGUACAAAUUGGACCGAAAUGGGAAAAUUUAUGAACACAAAGUAGAUAAUUUAGCAUUCAACUUUCCACAGACCCUCAAACCAGUUUCAGUUUUGGAUUUGGUUACUGCUUGCCCUGCAAGUCCAAAUCUAACAUUUUCAUGGGGUCCUUUGGAUUCCAACUCUUCUUCAUGGUUAGAGUUUUAUCAUGCUGUUAAGGACACUGUGGAUCAAGAAGAGAGGUUGCUACCACAAGAUUGUAUGGCUACAUGUUCAUAGUGACCACUUAGUAAAUUGUUCCCUAGAUGAUAUAUACUAUAGGUUGUAAUAGAUUGGUUAGAUAUGAUGAAAUUUGGUCAAUAGCAUACAAUGGUUUUUCUCAAAGGACAGAGUGUAUAUAGAUAGGCAGGGAUGCAGAAGAGUGCAAGUUUCCCAUUCUGAUGUUGGAGGAAAUGAAGGUUUUUAUGUCUGGUGAGUUUACACAGAUGAGAUAGAUCUAUAUGCUAUAAUCAAAAUUUUAUAAUUAAGAAUUAUUUUGUUUCUCUUGCAAAAUGGAAUCUUGGCGUUUUAUUCUCAUAUAAUUGUUUAACCUUAAGAAUGUUUAAUCAGAUCAAUUUGUAUACUCUCUUUCA